GUCCUGAGAGAGGAAUGGACAAACAUCUCACUGACAGUGACUAAAGUGGAUGUUUUAAUGUCAAAUUCACCACCGGAGCCAAAGACCAGAGCUGGAUUCUUAAAAUAUUCACAUGAAAUCACACUGGAUCCAAACACAGCACACACACUGCUGUUAUUAUCUGAGGGGAACAGAAAAGCAACAUUGAUGGAAAAACAACAGUCUUAUUCUCGUCAUACAGACAGAUUCACUGUAUUGUUUCAGGUCCUGAGUAGAGAGAGUCUGACUGGACGUUGUUACUGGGAGGUGGAGUGGAGAGGAGGAGUUUGUGUAGCAGUCGCAUACAAGAAUAUCAGCAGAGACAGGGGGAGUGAAUGUGGAUUUGGAUACAAUGACAAAUCUUGGGUGUUAAGUUGUGUCACCAACAGUUAUAAGUUUUGGUACAACAAUGUCCAAACUCCUGUCUCAGGUCCUCAGUCCUCCAGAGUAGGAGUGUACCUGGAUCACAGUGCAGGUAUUCUGUCCUUCUACAGCAUCUCUGAAACCAUGACUCUCCUCCACAGAGUCCAGACCACAUUCACUCAGCCGCUCUAUGCUGGAAUCCGGUUUUGGUAUUUUGGAAACACUGCUGAGUUGUGUAAACUCAAAUAGACAGAUGUCAUUUUUUUGUGUG